AAUAGACUUAAAAGGAAAACCUUUUGUUUUUUUGGCAUUUUUCUACUCUUAUCCAUAGAUAAAUAGACUGGCCACUUAGCUUUUUUGUGGCUUAAAUCUUUUGAUAAAUCUCUUUCUUUUCCUUCAACUUUCUCUAUCAAAAUUUCAAAAAAAAAAAUCUUUUUUUCCUUUAUUUUUCUAUGAAACUUUCUCAGCUUCAUCAACAGAAAACAUGUUCUGCAAGUUCAUUUAUGGUUACCCUUUUAACAAACUUCAUCCUAUUUCCCGCCGGCUAUAGUCCUCAAAAAAACAUUCAUGGACUUCAACUCAGACAUAGAUUUCAAUGAUGUCUUUGGUGGUCCACCAAGGAGGUCAUCAGUUCAAGAGACGAGGUACAGUUUUGGUGAAAACCUGGAUUCAUCAUCUUCAGGUUUUGAUGAAACAGUGGUUGCACACCGAAAUCCAUGGUCAGGUCUGAGCGAAAAGCCGGUGUUCGGAGAAGAAGGGACUACGAAUCAUCGAAGAAGAUACUCGAAAAACGACUUCUUUGAUGAUAUUUUUAGAGGGAAUCAGCCUUUGACUUGUUCUCCAAAGAAGUACGAGGGGAAGGACCCUUUUGAAUCAGCUUCACAGCUAUUGAGUCCUUGUAGGCCUUUGCCACCAAAGGCUGAACCUUUUAGCAGUUCAUUUCCUUCUCAAUUCAGCCUUCCUGCCAAAUUGAACAAAGGAGUGGACCUCCCUAUUUCUAAAAGCAAGGAUGGCUCUUCAAAUGGUUCAAGUUACCAUGCAUAUUCUCCUAUGACAAGAUUCUUAGGCCAAGCAAAUCAUGAUAAAGAACAGGAAACGAGAAGUGCUUUCAGAGGUGAUUCGAAAGAAGAUUCAAGCAGUUCGGGAAUUACUGGAAACGAAAACCGGUUUCACUUCUCGAUAUACAAAUGGGCAGACAAAGGAGGUGUGCCAUUUGCAAUUCCUCUAAGGGGAAUUCAUAGGUUCAAAGAAAAGGAUAAACUGCAGAGAUGCUCAAGUGCUAAUGGUUGGAUAGCUUGUGAAAGUAUAGCAAUGGAACCAAAAGUGAAUUUUCAUAACAAUUUCAGCUCUACUGAUAGAAUGUCAUCAAAUGACAAGAAUAAACACAGUUUUCCUAUUGAUUGGAGGAAUGAAGUCAAUGAACCGGUACAAAUUAUGGAGGAAGGCAACAUUCCGAAGCCCGAGUCAGAAAGUUGGCCUAAAAGUACUGAUAAGAAGGUUUAUGGUGACACUGUCUUGCCUAGUUCAAAGGCAGAAAACAAGACCCAGUAUUCCCCUAGGAAUUCAUGGGAUAAUGGAAAAGGCAGAGAUAGAGGAAUGGUCAAAGAGUUCAUUAAAAUUUUCAACCAGGAGGCUUCACCGAAACUUGGCGCUGACAUCGCUUCUGAGAAUCAUAGCUCUAGAUUGAAGCAAAGACAUAAUGCAAAGCCAGAGAUUGAACCAAGAGUUAGUAUGAAUCAAAAGGAUGAGAAAACUCACAUGCCUAAAAUGCAAAAGGAGAAGAAAAUAUCUGCAGAUGUUCAUGUAGGCGGUAGUAUGUCGAACAGUGCAUCAGAAAUGAAUACUAAUGACUCAGAAAAAGACACUGUUUCUGAUGGCUCCAAGAGUAUUGCUGAAGAUCCAACAGAAUCAUCCGAGGUCAACUUUUCGAUAGAAGACCUGACACUAGUUUCAGAAGAGAAAUUUUUUCCAGAAUAUGGCAUGGAACAUGAAGAAAUCCAGGCCAUUGAUGCUAAAAUACGGCAAUGGUCAAAUGGAAAACAAGGAAAUAUCCGUUCACUGUUGUCAACCUUACAAUAUGUUCUUUGGGCCGAUAGCGGUUGGAAACCAGUGCCACUUACUCAUAUAAUCGAAGGACGAGCCGUUAAAAAAUCAUACCAAAAAGCUCUGCUGUAUCUUCAUCCAGAUAAACUACAGCAGAAGGGAGCUGCCUCAUACAAAAAAUACAUUGCAGAAAAAGUCUUCGACAUUCUUCAGGAUGCGUGGACUCAGUUCAACUUGCUCGAUUCGAUCUGAUUUACUAUUUGUUCAACCGCGACAUUUCAUCUAUUCAAAAAUGAAACAAAAUGCAAGAGCUCGGGAUAAGAGGAGAAUGCACAUGAUUAAUACAUCUUGAGAUAUCUUUUUUAUUGUUUACAUGCUUUAUUUGUACUGCAUUGGAGUUUAAAGAAGAAUUCAAAUUCAAUCUUUAGAGAAAAAAAAUGAUUGGUUGAUUGAAUAAAAUAGAACAGGAAAAAUGGAGAUAGAAAAUAAAGGGUCCAUCAGAGUUUGGCUUCAUGUGAGCAGAGCCUGCAACAAUGCUCUGAUUGGUGAAGAAGA